UUUCAUCCAAAAGCGCUCGCGCUGCUUGCUGGUUUGAAUGAGCGGCGCGCGCGGCUCCUCGAGCGCACCUUGCCACUCGCCUCUUGUGCGCCUCACUAUGCUGGAAACCAAGUUUGCGUCCCCGCGAUGAAUCCGGCCAACGAAACCGAGGGAAGCGCUGACAGAUACCUGUUCGCGGAUGGAACCUACAAACUUCUGGCGGUCGCCAUCGGAACCAUCGGAGUGUUCGGGUUCUGCAACAACGUGGCGGUGAUUUUACUCUACUGCAGGUUCAAGAGGCUCCGCACGCCCACCAAUCUGCUGCUGGUCAACAUAAGUUUGAGUGAUUUUCUGGUGUCGGUCGUCGGGAUAAACUUCACGUUUGCGUCGUGCGUCAAAGGCAGGUGGAUCUGGAGCCAGGCGACAUGCGUCUGGGACGGAUUCAGCAACAGCCUGUUCGGCAUCGUCUCCAUCAUGACUCUGGCGGCUCUGGCGUAUGAGCGCUACAUCCGGGUGGUGCACGCCCAGGUGGUGGACUUCCCCUGGGCGUGGCGGGCCAUCGCCCACAUCUGGCUGUACUCGCUGGCCUGGACCGGGGCGCCUCUGCUGGGCUGGAACCGCUACACGCUAGAGAUCCACCAGCUGGGCUGCUCCCUGGACUGGGCAUCCAAAGACCCAAACGACGCCUCCUUCAUCCUCUUCUUCCUCUUCGCGUGUUUCUUCGUGCCCGUUGGCAUCAUGGUCUACUGCUAUGGCAACAUCCUCUACACAGUGAGAAUGCUGCGUUCACUGCAAGACCUGCAGACGGUCCAGAUUAUAAAGAUCCUGCGCUACGAGAAGAAGGUGGCGGCCAUGUUCCUACUGAUGAUUUCCUGUUUCCUGGUGUGCUGGACGCCGUACGCCGUGGUUUCCAUGAUGGAGGCGUUCGGCAGGAAGGCCAUGGUCUCUCCCACCGUGGCCAUCAUCCCGUCCUUCUUCGCCAAGUCCAGCACGGCGUACAACCCCGUCAUCUACGUGUUCAUGAGUAGAAAGUUCCGGCGUUACUUCCUGCAGCUGCUCUGCUCCCGGCUCUUCCAUAAGAUCUCCUGGCUGCAGCAGAACCUCAAAGAGCGGCAGCUGACGCCCGCAGAGCGCCCCAUCCGUCCCAUCGUCGUCUCCAGCGCCUGCGACUCCAGGGACCGGCCCAAGAAGAGGGUCACCUUCAACUCCUCCUCCAUCGUCUUCAUCAUCACCAGCGACAAUUUCCAGCAAUUUGACGUCACCUCCAAGGCCAGAGAUUCCUCGCAGGUGAACGUCAUCCAAGUGAGGCCGCUGUGACCUUUGACCUCUUGGUAAUGCCUUAUGACCAAACAUGCAGUUCCACGCCAAGCUAAUCCCGCCUGACCUCCUCGGCUGUUUCUGUGUCUGAACGCAGCCCCAGACUUUUUACAACUGACUGUAAAUACCCAACAGGAGGCAACAUCCUCAUUAGACAUCAGCUGUGGUGAUAUUAGGUAAUUGCAUAGUUGAUUAACUAGUUUUAUGUCAUGCAGUGUGUGGGAGAGUAGCUGCAUUUCUGUUACAAAUCAGCUCAAAACUUUGUCAACAUUCUACACUAAUGCCGGAAAAACACAAUUUUGCAAUUGUGAUGUUUAAGUUAAAUGAGAAACGGGAUUAAAAUCACAGCUGA